GUCUGUUCGUCCACCUUCCUCUCCAGAGGUAAGUCCCACUGCUUGCUUGGCUAGUCUCCUGCCUGUCUCAUAGACUCCAUACGAUCUCUGUAUCAUCUAUUCCAAUCUGUGGCGAACUGUUGGAACACACAGCGUCGCUUGACGCGUCUAUGGCCAACACCGCAACACUGAACUCGUCUGUGGACCCCAGCGAGGUCGAAGCAGCGAAUGACGCGGAUACCCGGUCUCCAUCUCGGGCAUCGCCUGACAAGGGUGUUUUCUCUGUGACUCUGGAUUUACAGAGCCAUGAGGCAGCGAGCCCUAUGUCUCUUUCGCCGGGGUCGGCACUCAGUCCCCUCAGAGGAAGUCCUGCCAACGGUCUUCCUGCCACGCAAUCUAGUGCAACCGCUUCCGGAGUACCUCAUCAGAAGAAGUUCACGCACAGCAAUAUCAACAAAAAGUUCCUGGAGAAGACUUACUCGUCCAGUUCAGGUCAGACCCUAUCUGCAUCUGUGACGGCGAAAACUGGGAGUGCAACCCCCAAGCCCUCACUACAAACUGCCGUCUCUCACUCACGGCUUGUGACUGCGAAACUUACCGCAACAGCGCAAUCGUCUACCACUGGGCCAGGGUGGUCCCGUCCUCCAUCUUCAGUUUCCUCUGCUACGCCUGCUUCUCCGUCGGCCACGAAUUCUAAAGCGCCUCCUCCUUCCUCUUCUACACCGAACAGCUCAGGGUCUGCGCCCCAGCCUCCCCCCGUCGGCAAGGUCAUCCAACCUCAGCCGCGCGGUGCAACGGAGAUAUUUGUGUCAUCUGUGAAGAGGGAUAGCUCCAACAAACCGGCAUGGAGUAGUGCGAGAAGUGCCACGGCCGUCGUGAACAGGCUGGACGCAGCAGCCAACGACUUCCCCACUGCAGCGGAGGUAGCACAAGGUCGUGCUUCCAAACUCGCCGAACAGAAAGAGGCAGCGCAGGCUGCCGCGGCGCAGAAGGAGGCCAUGACCGCUGAGGCGGAUACCUUUCGCGGCGUCCAUCUUGAUCCCAAUGCUCAUCACUGGGACGAGAUGGAAGAAGACGACGACAACUUCCUUGAUGGGGUCAUUGACUUUGGUGACGGUCGGCAGUACAAGGUCGAGGCUACCGAAGUGUUGCAGAUACCGCCAUCAGCUCAAGACGUCCCAGGGUCGGCCAAAGGCAAUGACGACCCAGCUCCUCCUAACGAGGGCUUAGCCUCGCUAGAUCAACCAGUCAGCAAGGAGGAGAGAUUCGCCGAAGAUUUCGACAGAAGCUGGCCGCGUUCAGGACUUACGACAAACUUCACCAGUGGUCAACGCGAGCAGUUUUCCAAUGGCGCGCCGUCUCCCGCUUCGUCACAAUCUGUCCAUUCCCCGUCAGAGUCUAAAGUGCUGUUCAACGAACGCUCAAACAGGCUAGAACCUUACUCUUCUGUGCAUCCGCCUCACCGGCAAGCUGGAGAGUCAAGAGGCGGCAGAGACAUUCCACCGCAUGUACACCCGCAGAAUGUUCAACUCCUGCAGAAGGCGCCUGGCGGCGUUGACCGUCGCUAUGAUGGACCUCGACCAACAGGCGAGCAUGUCGGUCACUCUGCUGUCCCUCCUCGGCAUUCGGACCGUGACUUCCAUAGGCACGAUACUCAGCCCCCUCCCUCAUUCACACGUACCUCUGCGCAUGGAUACCAGGGACGCCCCAACGAUCAUCGCGGUCCAUACGGUAUGCCACCGCCCGCUGGACAACUCGACGAGCGCCCUCCACGCAUGUCGGCAAUGCCUCCACCCCCGCUUCCGAUGCAUCACACGCGAGAGCCACAGAGGGAGUCGAGUAGGCAACUGCCUCCUCAUCUGUCUGAUAUGCGGUCGCCACAACAGAGAUCUCGAGUGUCACUAGUACCCGAUGGGCAUGGGCACCGACGAGAAACUUCUAAUUUGACUGCUGAGCCUCCACCGGAUACCCCAAGGUCUCCGGCUGUGUCUGUGGACGAUCAAGUACUUACCUCGCUGGCUGUUGCACCGACGGAAUCGGCCCCACCAUCGUCAGAAGCACCUGCGGUUGAUUUGAAUGAGGUAUACAAGAAGGAGAUGCAUACCGCGGCUGAACGUGCGAGACUACGCCGACAGCAGGAAGAAGAGGAGCGCGAGCGAGAGAAGGAGCGUGCACGGAAAAAAGCCGCUGAGCUGGAGGUACAGCAGAAGGCCAAGGAGGAACAGAAACGACCUGAUGCGCCUGAACCAUCUGCUAUCUCGGACAACCAGGUUAUUGUGGUUAUCGAGGAUGCAGUCCGCAGUGCAGAUGCAUCUGCGGGACCUGUAACGCCGACUCCGGAUGUAGCCCCACCCUCUGCGUCGAAGACACCCUUCAAUAGACCGACGUCGUCUAAAGGCUCUGCCCGUCCGCUACAAGGCCGCCGGAUGUCCUCCACUGCAGUGACAGGGCAGGAUCAGCCUUCAGCAGCAAUGGAGGCAGAUUCAUGGCGAAGUCGAGCCCCUCCACGAUGGACGGCCCACGUCGAACCCGCCGUUGCAACCGCAGCUUUACCGCCACCGCCACUGCCAUUGCUCGCGGAGGUCGAGUCUCUUCAUCUGAAGGGUGGUGAUGAUGUCGAAGUCGUGGACUUCUUGGACUUGGGUAGGUUCGUAGGAGCGGAAAGGCCAGCUGAGUCAGCGCAGUCAGAACGACCGUCAACGCGGCCACCGAGGGCCAGCGCGGCCGAUUUCUUUGAGGACGAUGUCUCCGCGUCCCCUCAGGUGAUGCAAAACGAGGAUAGCUCAUGGAGGCGCAGAACCAUCAUUCACGAACCUUCAACUCACGCGUCAGAGGGAUCUGGGUCCACCACGCUUCCAAAGGAGAGAUUGCGAGUGCAGAUCAUUCCCUCGGACGCACCGCGAUCUCCUGGCAGCUCUUCCCUCGUCCACUCCCGUAUCUCGCCUUCACAGCAUCGCCAUCAUGACGACAGAUUGCAAUCCGGUACGAGCCAUUUGCCUUCGGGACACCAUGGCCACGGACCACAGCGCUCUCCUCUCACCUCGUCUUAUCGAGAAGCACCUAUGUCUGCUCUCAACGAUGCUAUCUCCCGCAUCAAAGGAGCCUUGGAUGAUAUGCACACGAAGGAGGAGCCACCGAAGCUGCAGAAGUGGGUGCCGCCUGCGCUCAGGCUCACACAAGGCGGUCACGACCUUGCUCGGCCUAGCGAGGUCUUCGAUGUGACCGGGAAAGAGCCACCUCGUUCUCCCAAACCUGCAUGGAACGUGUUCACCGUAAAGUUGCCGAAGGCGGCCUCGCCUCAGUUGCCCCCAGUUCGAACGAAGCAACUCCACGGUUUUCGGAGCGCUACCUCCGUCUCAACAGCCAUCUAUUCAUGGGUUCCUCCUAUCAGCGGCAGCUCUCGCCGUGACGUUGCAGUUGAUGACUACUUGUUUGGGUCCCCGACGAAUAGACCGUCUCAUACACGGUAUCUCGUGGCACUACCGCCUAGACGAUAUCCUGUUCCGUCGGACAGUUCGGGGCCCGUAGUGAAUCUACCAUCGAAGCCAUCCGGUGCUAAGGGCACCAAAGCUGUCGCCCGUGAAGCCGAGUCAACAAGUUGGCGUAGACCCGCACCCGCCUCUACUCGACCAGUCCAGGAUGCUGCUGAUGUCCGCCCUGGAUUAGACACGAUGAGUCGGUCGCCGCCUCCCGAAGCACCUUUCGGGAGCAUUGCAUCACUUCCCAAGAGCGAGCCUACCUCUCCUAGCCGGGUCGUUGGUGCACCCGCGAAGUCACAAGCACAGUCGCAAAACAUCGUUGGUUCUGGCGUUGCUUUUUAUCGCGACGUGAAGUUUGAUGAUGCUGUACAGCCGGCGUCGGUAAGCUUCGUGGUCAGCAGCGAGCUAGACGUCUCGAUCCCCGCUGAGAGCAUGGCGACACGGGGAACUGCUCCACAGGUCAGUUUUCAAUCGGUGUCGAGAGUCGCGGACGUGUCGUCUGGGCGCAGUGAGGGGAAGUCCCUUGCGGAACCCUUCGCCAUCACAUCGAGUGAUAGUUCUGAUCAAGCGGGCAAGAGUUCGUCUCCUGUGGUACCCAACGGUACCUGGACCAAGUCGCCGAGACCGUUUCCUCUCAAGGAGUCACCUUCAAGAGGGGUUCCGGAUCCGGAGCAUCUAAGGGCGGUGUGGUCUCAGACGCCUGACAAGGCUGCACUACCUUCUGUGAAUUCCUUGAAGGGGAUCGCUGAUGACCUGACGGCUGUACCGUUCACUCUACAAGACGUCAAGUCAGAAGACGGUGGUACGCCUCCACCGUCAGGCCCGGGCCCGUCAAGAAUGUCUUCGUACGAUGUCACACGUGCAUUCCAGCAGGUCCCUGCGUCGUCGGCAAAGUCUCCUCCACGGAAUACAACACUCCCGCCUCCCGUGGGCCAUGUGCCCAACGGUUCAUCCUCAAGAUCAGCAUUCCCUUCGUACCAACCUACCACUCUUCGCCCUCCGUAUGCAUAUCCAUCUCCAGUCCUCAGCCAUUCGCCCAGUCCGACUGUCAUGUACCCUCAAGUAGCGCCGAGCCCUGUUCCUCGGCCAAUGAUGGUCAACGGUCCGCCAUCGCCGUAUGCUCAGCCUAUGUGGAUGCCUAUGGGGGGAGCUCCUCAACCACAGGCCAACAUGAUGCGACCAAUGGCGUCGCCAUUUACGCCGCAGUUCGUCCCGUAUCCUUCUCCUGGACCGGUACCUGUUUACAUCCCUUCCCCCAAUAUGUCAAAUCCGCAACAGCCACCCAACGGAGCGCAGGGUCGUGGGCCUAUGAUGAGUCCCAUGAUGCAGCCGCAUGCCCUAUACAGUAGCAGUCCGGUCCUGAUGCACUCGCCGGCCGGCCUUCACGUUCAACCACCUCAUGGGUAUGCAGCUACUCCCUCGAACCGUGGACAAGUGCGUGGCAACUUCGAACACGCACCAGGAGGAUCCAGCAUCCCUGCUCCUAUGGGACAUCCCCCUCAGCAACCACCCUACCCCACCACACCUGCUUACUCCGUACGCCCGGCUUGGUGAACUCUUGUAGCAUACAAUUCUCUUCGCCUCAAUUAUGCAGUGCUGUUACAUAUUCAUACCCUCCCGCAAGCGACUUGACCCGCGUAUAUCUAUUCUUGACAUCCAGACCCAUAAAUUAUGAAGGCAGACAUCAACACUCUAGAUGCAAGUCGGCAGUACUACGCUAUCCUCUAGGCUCUAGGCGUUGGCAAGUUGUACAGCACUCUCCGCCGCGUCGUCUAGCUCGUCGAAGGGCAUGAUCUUCAACCCGGACUCACGAAUCAUCCUAUCAGAAGAAUGGUGAGUUGCAUACGUAGGGCUUCAGUACGAGGAC